AUGGAGACUCUCGGUCCAGACCUGGCCUCCAAAAUCGGUCCCUGGAUCCUGCCCAAGCCGUUGGAGGCGCCGCCGUCGCCCGAGUCCGUCUUCAACAACGACCGGGCCUCGCCGACGGAGGAGACCAAGCGGCGAAGGGCGGGUGGACCGAAGGCGCGUACCGGUUGUGCCACCUGCAAGACGCGCCAUGUAAAAUGCGACGAGCGCAAGCCCACAUGUUACCGUUGUGAGAAGGUCGGUGUCGUCUGCGAGGGCUACGUGGACCGCGUCGACCGCCGGAGGAAAAGGACAAACCAGAACGUGGUCCGUCGGCAUACGCCCCAGCUCAUCGCCCCUCGGUCAGCCUCAGCCUCAGCCGAGGCCGAGGCCGACGUCUGCACCACGUCCGAGAUCAUCGUGUCGUCGCAGAUUCCCCGGUCGCUUUCGAGCCUGCCCAAGAUCUAUCACAAGGACGGCGUGUACUACGACUACUUUCGACAUCAGGUUUCCACCAACCUGGCAGGCUACUACACUAGUCCCAACUGGUCAUAUCUAGUCGUUGGGGAAGGUCUGCAAGAUGACUGUAUUCACCACUCAAUCCUAGCUGUCGGGGCGCUUAUUCGCUCCACCCCGCAGGACGCGAGACCAAACUCGCUUCGAAGGAAGGCGUUACCACCUGCUUCGGACGGAUACGCUGCGACCGAGCAUCGUGAGGUUGCGUUGCGACAUCAUCUAAAAGCCGUCAAGUCUCUCAGGGAACGUAUGGAGUUGAUCACAGCCUCAUCACCAACCACCGUAGUCAUCACGACUCUACUGCUCGUCGUGUACGAACUACUCCAGGGUGAGCCAAGGACGGCCGAAAUGCUCCUGAAUUCAUGCCUAGGGGCACUCAGAGACUCCAUCACAAUGUUCGAGAGCGAUCCCGAUAAGAGUGAGCAAAGGUAUCGUGACUCCGAGUUCGACGACAUGGAGCAUGUGCUCCCCUGUAUAGCAGCCAUGAGCCAUCUCUCACAAUCACUUCAACCUCGCCGCCCGCACACUCACCCUUUCAAGAUUGACCCUGGUUCCCAAGUCCAUAACCCUCUGCAUGAACCCAUCUCAAAGUUCUUCAUCUCGUGGGGCCGGUUCUUCACGUUUGCCGUCAGCUUCAUCGGCAACUCCACCGACGUGACAGCAGAAGGCGUCUCCAUGGAUACGCUCCGUCACCUCACCAUCCACCAGCAGAAUUUCCUCUCGCAACUACAGCAAUGGAGAUCCGUCAUCCAAUACUAUGCCGAAAAUCCAAGAGUGGACAUUGGAACCAAGAAAGGCCUCCGGAUUGCCCAAAUCCACUGGCUCCUUCUCCACAUCACCCUCACUUGCUGCCUAGACCCAACCGAAGUGGCCUACGACGCAUUCGAGAUUGAGUUUCGGGAUCUGACGAUGCUCUGCGUAGAACUAUACCGCGAUUGUGUAUCCCAACCACGCCCAACGUCGGUCUUGCUCGGGCAGGGGCUCAUUUUACCGCUGUGCACUGUUGUGCGCGCCUGCAGGAAUCACGACAUCCGCAUGACGGCAUUGCAAGCCCUGCAUGAAAUACCCCCGUCCAUGGUGGCCUGGGAUGUGGUGUCAAACAUGGACGGGAUCCUGGGGGCCUUGCUCCUCGAGGAGACUGGUCGCAAUGCGGCUGGAUUUGUUCCCCCGGACUCGAGGUGGUUUUGGUUGCGGGAUGUGACUGUGCCAGAAACCGGAAGGGUUCAUAAGGUCUAUCAGAGACUGUCGCCAGGGCAAGAUGGCAAGCCUGUUCUGACCAAGUUGCGUCCGACAUCGAAUGUACGAUCAAAGAUUUGUAAGGCGAGCGGAUGUGACAAAGACCACAUACUAGGCUCGGUGGUGGUAGAAGAAUUUUGA